AAAAACUAUCUUAAAUUAUUGAAGAAACCAAGCAAAUUCUUUCUUGCCCUCAGUAUUUAUGUAAGUUCAUGGGCAGUAAUUUUGCUUACAACAUGCGCUAUCUUCUUUCUUGUUGGCAUCGUGGUUAUCGUUAUCCUUCUUGCUGUUAUGGAAGGGGGCUUUGUUUACAAUCUAAUUAAAAUUGCAUUGUUGCUGGCUGCCUACGUCUACAAGUCCGUGAAACAAGUGCACGAGCCUUUUGACAACUUCGUGAGGAGUCUUCUAAAAACACAGCUUAUCAAGGACUUAUGUAUUGACCGACGGGCUCAAAGUAUGUGAUUUUAACUUUAAAAAAAAACAAAAAACAAUUAAAACUAAUAUUGAUAUAAAAUAAAUUAAGUGUUCAUGCGCUGGACUACAAAUAGUAAGCUGCAUGUAUUGUUUCGGGAGUUCAAUUUAAAAAAAAAAUUAUAUUGGAUAGUAAGACUCAUUUUUAUUACAUAUUCAUUAAAUACCAUUGAAUCCAAUAAAUAUCUCAUAAAUGAAUAUUUAAACUCAUAGUUAACCUUAUAGUCAAAACCGUAGAUAAACUCAUUGUCAAACUAAUAGCUCAACUGAGAGUUAAACAUCAGUAAAUUCACCAUUUUGUUUAAGCGCCACGUUUAUCAUAAAAAAAGUAAUUAAAUUAUCUUUACUAGAAGAUAUUUUUAAAAAAAAGGAAAUACAUAUUUCUUUUUUAAAAAUAAGAUAGUUCUAUGAGGCUUAUUAUAUGGCAUCUGUAAAUACUAUUAUUUGAAGAAAACGUGUUUUUUUUUAAUUCACUUGCAGAAACCACACGUAAUUGCAGUGUACUUGGUCAGUUAGAAAAACCCUUAUUUCUAGUGACAGACACAGAUCUAUGGGUAAAAUUGAAUCAUCCUUUCAUCGAUGUCUAUGAAAAGAAAAUCUCACAGAGAUUUUUGUUCCAAUGUGCGUCUGUCGACCAUUCUGAAGCUCCAGGAACUGUUCUACACAACUUUUCUAAAGUAACUUUUAUUAGUUUUUUUUUUUUAAUAUCUAUGUUUUAUAUAUUCUCAACAAGAAAUAAAUGCAAUUGCAAUUUAUAAGAUUGCCACGGGCAAGAAGACAAACACAUUUAAGAAGUACUAAAUUUAGAAUCAUUCACUAAUCUUGCAUGUUUUAUUAUUGAAAUUGAGAUCGACAUUAAACGCAAUGAGAAAUAAAUUUAAAUAAAGUUUUUAAAAAAAUUCACUUAUUAAACAGAAUAACUUCGGAAAUAUGCAUCUAAAGUCAGUAGCACAAAUAAUUUUGUCAGGAGUUUAGGGAAUGUGGGUUAUUUUAAUUCAUGUUUUUUUCAUUAUUAAAUAACACAUAUUACCCAAACUAUUAUCAAUGGUUGAAACAUAUUUACUGGGUUUAAAAAUAGUUGAUACAUCUGGAAGUUUUUUUAUGGAGUAAACUGUUUGAAAAAUAUGAUCAAAUGUAUACAGCGUAGUUUUUACACGAGUACUGCUAUAAUUGCAUUUUUGCGUUUUUUUGUUGUUCUUCUUUCUCUUCACUCAGCAAAUUAUUAAUUUAUUUUUUCCACAGGCAGUGAAGAGAAUCAUCUUUAUCACCCUCUUCAUAGUAUUUAUCUAUUUGGUUGUCAUGGCUUACGGCCACAUCAAUUACAUAUCGCCAUCAAACCUUUCGUUUACUGCAUUUGCUGCGGCCCUCGUGCCGAUCAUUAUUAUUAAUUUCCUGGCGAAGGGUGCAGAUAGAAUCGAGAGUACAGACGAGUCUAAAAAACUGUAAUUGUUUUUCUUGAAAUCGCUGAAAAAUGUGUUGUUGUCUUGAAAGUUUGGUUAGCUUUUACCUUUGAUUACAUGUUGUUGUUGUUUUUUUUUUUAAUCUCAUUCCGUUUCAUCACAUCUAUAACAAAGCUUGUUUUAAAAUGCAAAUUUACAACAGGCCGCAUUGUCUACAAAAUUUACCGUUUGCUUGAAAAAUGUCCUUUAAAUUAUUUAACAACAACAAAUGUAGAUUUUACAUUUUCCGGGGGGGGGGGGGGGGGGGGGGGGAAUGUGUGUAAACACUUUCUAUACUUUGGGCAAAUAAUGAUAGCACUUUACUAAUGGUUGGAAAAGAAUUCCUAUAAAAUUAAAGAUGAAAUAUAUUGACACCUUUCUAUGGCAGUUUUGUUUCUUUCCAAACAAAUUCACAAAAUUGAUGUCAGACAUAUAUGUAUCUUUAAAAAAAAAUAAUAUUUUUUUGUUGAAAAUUUCAAACGAAAAUAUUACAAUACCUUUAAAAAACAUAUUUACCUAUAGUGCUGCAAUCACGUGGUAGCUAAAGUUGUCCAAGUUCCUUUUGUUCGCCACAUUACUUGAGGAAAAUUUCUGUAACAAACAUGUGUACUUAAUUGAGUAUCGUUAAAUUUUUUUUCCAGUAUUUCUUUCACUAUUCCAUAAUAUGGAACUGUUUUAUGGUUAUUUAAUUAAUUCUAAAAGCACCCCUCCUUCAUUAUUUAGUCAUAUGUUCGUGCAACUAAGACUUUGAAAAAAUAAUUUUCAGAUUACAAAAAAAAUUGAAAGAAAAGUUAAAAGACUUCAGAGAAAGCUGGAUCAUACAUGACUUAAUAGUUGAAGAGAUACCAAAUGGUCAUGAAAAUAAUUCAGAAGCAAAUCCAUCUAAUGCAAUUAAUGAAAGGGGAAAUGGCACCUAUGAAAGACUCUUAAAUGAACGUAAGUAUACAUUCAUAUUUUCUUAAAAUAAACUAAAUUAAUGAAAGAGUUAAACUAUACACCAAACACAGAGUAAAUGCAUUGUAAAUGAGAUUUUAUGGAAUGUAUUUUAAAUAGUUUUAAAAAAAGAGCUAAAAACGAUUGGCUGUAUGAGGUGACCUAACACUUUUAAAACGCAUUCCACCAGGUAAAUAUUGCUUAACCGCAGCAGCGGGUGAAAUGUAAUAUCUGGUAACGGGUAAUUCAUAUUCAUGUUUACAUUUUUGUGCGCCUUAACCAUCUGCCUGAUUUAUGCCAAUUUCUUUGCUUGACGCAAUCUGUUUAAUUUAAUUUGAUUUAUAUUGCUGGUUUCUGGGUGUUUGUAGCCAAAAUAAAUUGGUCAGACAGAAGUCUCGUCGACGGAGGCUUGUUUUAAGUUCCUUUUGGAACCCUCGAGCUUUUAGCCCAGUUUCGGAAUAUUAUUAUAUAUUAAUGGUAUUAAUAGAGAAAAGAAAGCUUGUUUGCUUCUGUUGGGUGGUGGUUGCGGGUUGAUUAACUUCACAUAAUAUAUAAGAAAUGAGCUUAGUAAGCUUGAUUAGUUUUUACUAUUUGGCUACAUUGUCAUCUCAUUAUGUUUCAUCACAGAAGUAACCAGACAUGGAGCAUUUUCAGAAUGUUUAAUUAAACUCCCGAUGAUUAUAUAUAUAUAUAUAUAUAUAUAUAUAUAUAUAUAUAUAUUGGGUUAAAAGUUAUUACAUUAAAUAAUAUGCUUAUUUUGAAAUAUCGUUUUGUGUGCAGUUUCAUGUUACGUUUCGCGCAGAAUCUGAAUCUUAAAAAAUUACUUUCUAUAUACAUAUAUAUAUAUAUAUAUUUGUAAAAUGUUAUCAUAAUCAAACAUUUGUCACUUUUAAUUGUUCUAUUAUUAUAGUUGAAAUUAUAGGAGCCGAUGAAACAGAUGACGAUGUCAAUGAAGAAAUUGGGAUAUGGCGGCUGGCUAAAGGUAAACAUAUUAAACAUGCCACCCACAUAUAAUUAAACAUUUAUGAAUAAAAAUUGAUUCAGUAAACUACGUUUUAACAUAAUUUUUAUUGGUUUUAGUUAUAAUUAUUCAAUCUGUAAAAAUGUUAUGUUCCACAAAGGAAGGAAACGGUAAAUUGGGACAUAAAUUAAUUAGAAAAAAUAGUCAAAUUUGUGGAAAGAUACACUAAAAACCAAACACAACAAUAAAUGAUAUGUUUUGGGACAAUUGUACCUAAUUUAGAGAGAGGAUAAAAUGAAAUUGAACAUCUCCUUGUACCGCCAUCACAUGCAAUAUCUUAACAAUCCUCCAACUUGUGUGCCGACCAAAUGUCUUGUGAGCAAAUCCACAAGACAAUGGCUUCAACGUGUGGGUGUGUCUACCUCGCAGGUGGGGACUUGAUCUGGUAGACAACGCAAAACUGAAAAAUCUAAUGUGAAAACGGGUGGAACAACGGGUGGCGCGGAUCACGUAAAGAGCACUUCUUAAAAGUGAGUUGCUUUCGCAAGCGAGAGCGAUCAAAAGAAGUAAUUUCCAAGUCAUUCAGGUAUGCUAUUAGGCAAUCUUUUAGGGCUUCAUGUUUCUACCUCCAUCAGCUGAACAUUCCCCGGAUGUAUCAUAUGUUUAAGCAGGGUUCUGUCCUCAAAUCUCACAACACGUCCAGCCCAUAUCGCUUUGUCGUUUUUGUAAGGACGUUUUGACGCAGAUUAUGUCAGCCUAUCAUUGAUCUGCCACCGUGUGAGUUGUAGCUUCCUGUACGGCAUGUAUGCAUUUUACUGCUUGUUUGGCAACAAGACGAUGGCGGAACACAAAAGAAAAAAUAAAAGCUCAAAAAAAAAAAAAAAACAACGAAAAAAAAAAUUAAUAAAAGAGGCAGGAAAUAGGAAAUGUGUACAAUAAUUAAUUGGAAAAAUAUUCACAUUUUUGGAAAAGCGCAAUAAAGACAAUCUCUAAAAUUAAAUGAUAUGUUUCGGGAUAACUAUAUCUAAUUUGGAGAGAAGAUAAAAUGAAAUUUUAUUGAACAGCUCGUUAUACUGCAAUAAAAAUAAUAAGCGUAAAUUCACAAUCCUACAACCAUUGUGCGACCCAAUGCCUUGUGAGCAAUUCCAGAAGACAUGGGAUCAUCAUGAAGAUGUAUCCACCUUGCACGUGGGGAAUGGACCUGGUUGACAACACACGAACAAGAUCACACAGUAAGACGCCUAAUAAAACCAGCCUGGUGUAGGGCUUUUGUAUGAGGGACUUUGUCCUGUCACCUUGUGCAAAGAAGUUUACGUCAACAGCUUAGCUAGAGACGGUUCAGUUGUCUAGCGUUCUGCUGUAAACUGUCCAUGCCUCAUUUCCGUAAAGGAUAAUAUUAAUUGCCAUUGCCCAUAAAUAUUUAGGUGGCUGAUGAUACUGAGGCACCUUUGCUCCUAGACACUCAAUGCGGAAUCCUCUAUAUACGGCAUUUGCUUUAAAUAAUUAUGUUUUUGAACACAUCAUCUAUUUUGUAAUGACCGUGAGAGGUUACUGCCUUAAAAACUGCAUUAUUACCUUGCUCGAAGAUCAUGUCGCUUUAUCGAAAUGCUAUGUUUUUUUGUAUGAUAUCCUCGAACUUGUUGGUGCCAUUCUUUUUUAAAUUUCGUAAAACGGGGGGAGGGGGGUUAUGUCAAAGCUUUAGUUGUCACAAGCCUUGCAAGGUCAACAUGUGUUUGCUUGUGUCUUCUUGUCUAUUUAAGAUCGCAUAAAGUCCAAAUGUCCUGGUAAUUAACAUGUAUUUUUUUCCCCCAUGUAUUAUCCUAGACAGAUUAGGAGGGUACCAACAUUAAAAAAGCAAACUGCGUGAAGUGCAUAUAUAGAAUGCAUGAAAAAAAUAACACGUUUUAACCAUUGCAUUUUCAUUAUACAGAAGAAGACGAAUUGUUCAACGUGAAUGACAGUGGAGCUGACAAACGUGUCGGAGAAGGCUCAUCCGGGGGAAGCACGCAUCUUGUAUGACAUUAAUCAGAUGCAUCAAUUAAAUGUUAAAUCAGUGUGUAGCACUGUUAUGCGUUUUGUGAUUGGAGGUACGUUCGUGGAGUAUUUGGGUUAGAUCUUGCAAUAACAUGCUCCGUAUUUUAUGACGUAUUUUGCUUAAAAGAAAAUGAUGUACUAAUUGUGUAAUGUGUUGUAGUUGAAUAAUGGCAGCAGUAUCAGGAAUGGUGUUGACAAGGUAGUUUAGUCGUAGACUUGUACAGUUAAUAAAGAG